AUGCGCUCAAACUCUGUAUCCCAUGAGACGGAGCUGAUCGUGCACAUCAACUUCGCCCAUAAGGGUUUCGUAAUCCUUGAGAACUCGGGGGCAGACAACUUCAGUCUGUCCUCCAGUCCGCUUGUCAAGACGCACAACGCGGUCAAGAUCGACACUUCCGCCAGACGCCAGCAUUUACACCACUUUGUUGUCCCACCAGCGCAAUGCUCGAAACCGGGGAAUCUGCUUGUGCUUUGUCACUUCGAAUGUGCCACGUUCGAUGUGGGCUGGUCGAUUCUUGAGUAA